GCUGAUUGGUUGGCCACGUAGCCAGUGCCAAGCCUUUUAAUCGGAAGUUAGCGAGAAGGCUAAUUUCGAAGCUAGGUCUCGAACUCCUGCUAACUACAUAAAAACAUAACGUGGAAUGUGUAUUUUACCAUUUCAGAAAAUAUACUUUUUAAACAUUGAAGGUAAGAUUUCUUAUUUAAUUAAAGGCAAAUAGCUUGUGGAUAUCAUAUCAGCUGACUGACGAAGCUUGGUGGCUAGCUAACUAGUCAGCUAGUUAUGCUAAUCAACAAAAUAUGUGUUUGCUGAUUAUCAUCAGUCAACUAUGUUCAAAUGACUAAGUAGCAAAUUCGUUUAUUAUGUAAUCUUACGAUAUAGUUAGCUAACGUCAGUUAAUAAUUGUUUGUAUCCAACCUUGUGUAUUGAAAAGUAUUAUGCUAGCUAGCUACAGUAGUUGGCUGGCUAUCUUCUAGCAUUAACUAACGUUGGCUCUUUUUAAUCACCUUAGCUAACUAGGUAGCUUACUAACGUUACGUUGCUCUGACAGUGCAAAUACUAACACACGUUACUGUUAUAUCAUAUCCCAGUUUCGUAGAUGAAACGUUAAUGCAGGUAGCUAGCUAGGUCUUAAAGUAGCGAGGCAUCUGGCAAACAUGAUGUAUUCAAUCAUUUUCUGAGGCUGAGUAUACAUUACAUGGCCAGAAGUAUGUGGACACCUGCUCGUUGAACAUCUCAUUCCAAUAUCAUGGGUAUUAAUAUGGAGUUGGUCCCCCUUUUGCUGCUAUAACAUCCUCUACUCUUCUGGGAAGGCUUUCCACUAGAUUUUGUAACAUUGCUGCGGGGAUUUUCAUUCAGCCACAAGAGCAUUAGUGAGGUCGGGCACUGAUGUUGGGACAUUAGGCCUGGCUCACAGUUGCCUUUCCAAUUCAUGUGUUCGAUGGGGUUGAGGUCAACCCAGAUUUGUCCGUCGGACUACCAGAUGGUGAGUCAUGAUUCAUCACUCCAGAGAACGCGUUUCCAGAGCCCAAUGGCGGCAAGCUCCAGCCGACGCUUGGCAUUGCACAUGGUGAUCUUAGGCUUGUGUGCGGCUGCUCGACCAUGGAAAUUUCAUGAAGCACCCGACGAACAGUUAUUGUGCUGAUGUUGCUUUCAGAGGCAGUUUGGAACUCUGUAGUGAGUGUUGCAACCGAGGACAGAUUAUUUUUACGCGGCCCGUUCUGUGAGCUUGUGUGGUCUACCACUUCACGGCUGAGCCGUUGUUGCUCCUAGACGUUUCCACUUCACAAUAACAGCACUUACAGUUGACAGGGGCAGCUGUAGCAGGGCAGAAAUUUUACGGACUGACUUGUUGGAAAGGUGCCAUCCUAUGACAGUGCCACGUUGAAAGUCACUGAUCUCUUCAGUACGGACCAUUUUGCUGCCAAUAUUUGUCUAUGGAGAUUGCAUGGCUGUGUGCUCGAUUUUACAUUUACAUUUUAGUCAUUUAGCAGACGCUCUUAUCCAGAGCGACUUACAGUUAGUGAGUGCAUACAUUUUCAUACUGGCCCCCGUGGUAAACGAACCCACAACCCUGGCGUUGCAAGCGCCAUGCUCUUUCAACUGAGCUACAGGGGACUUUUAUACACCUGUCAGCAACUGGUGUGGCUGAAAUAGACGAAUUCACUAAUUUGAAGGGGUGUCCACAUACUAUUGUGUAUGUGGUUUGGUGUGUGUAAAGCCAAAUGACUAAAGUCUAUACCUGUUGUAUUCGGCGCAUGUGACCAAUACGAUUUGAUUUGCAUCUUCUUGAGACUAUAAAGAAAUCAACAGUAGAAAUAUGAAUAUUCUUAGUUAGACUAUUUGGCUAGUGUUUUUAAGGCAUUAGCAUAGAUUACCACAUUAUGAGUCAUAAUACCCAUAAAACCUAGCGGUCAAACUGGGAAAUGGUUCCAGUCGUUUUUUCCACCAUAACUUUUUCCAUUGUUUGAAAAAAAUUCAAAUUUGAUUUGUCACAUACACGUGUUUAGCAGAUGUUAUAGCGGGUGUAGCGAAAUGCUUGUGCUUCUAGCUCCGACAGUGCAGAAAUAUCGAACAAGUAACAUCUAACAAUUUCACAACAUAUACACACAAAACUAGUAAGGAAUGGGAUUUAAGAAUAUAUACAGAUAUGGACAAGCAAUGACAGAGCGGCAUGGACUAAGAUACAGUAGAAUAUUAUAGAAUAGAAUGCAGUAUAUACAUAUGAGAUGAGUAGUGCAAGAUAUGUAAACAUUAUUAAAGUGACUAGUGUUCAAUUUCUUAAAGUGGCCAGUGAGUUCAAUAGGCCAGCAGCAGCCUCUAAUGUGCUAGUGAUGGCUAUUUAACAGUCUGAUGGCCUUGAGAUAGAAGCUGUUUUUCAUUCUCUCGGUCCCAGCUUUGUACUGACCUCGCCUUCUGGAUGAUAGCGGGGUGAACAGGCAGUGGCUCAGGUGGUUGAUGUCCUUGAUGAUCUUUUUUGCCUUCCUGUGACAUCGGGUGCUGUAUGUGUCUUGGAGGGCGGGUAGUUUGCCCCCGGUAAUACGUUCGACAGACCGCACCACGCUCUGGAGAGUCCUGCUGUUGCAGGCGGUGCAGUUGCUGUACCAGACGGUAAUACAGCCCGACAGGAUGCUCUCAAUUGUGCAUCUGUAAAAGUUUGAGGGUUUUAGGUGCCAAGACGAAUUUCUUCAGCCUCCUGAGGGUGAAGAGGCUGUGUUGCACCUUCUUCACCACACUGUCUGCGUGGGUGGACCAUUUCAGUUUGUCGGUGAUGUGUACGCCAAGGAACUUGAAGCUUUCCACCUUCUCCACUGUAGUCCCGUCGAUGUGGAUAGGGGGGUGCACCCUCUGCUGUUUCCUGAAGUCCACGAUCAUCUCCUUUGUUUUGUUGAUGUUGAGUGAGAGGUUAUUUUCCUGGCACCACACUCCCAGAGCCCUCACCUCCUCCCUGUAGGCGGUCUCGUCAUUGUUGGUAAUCAAGCCUACUACUGUUGUGUCGUCUGCAAACUUGACGAUUUGAGUUGGAGGCGUGCUUGGCCACGCAGUCAUGGGUGAACAGGGAGUAUAGGAGGGGGCAGAGCACGCACCCUUGUGGGGCCCCAGUGAGGAUCAGCGAAGUGGAGAUGUUGUUUCCUACCUUCACCACCUGGGGGCGCCCCGUCAGGAAGUCCAGGACCCAGUUGCACAGGGCGGGGUUCAGACCCAGGGCCUUGAGGUUAAUGAUGAGCUUAGAGGGUACUAUUGUCUUGAAUGCUGAGCUAUAGUCAAUGAACCGCAUUCUUACAUAGGUAUUCCUCUUGUCCAGAUGGGAUAGGGCAGUGUGCAGUGUGAUGGCGAUUGCAUCGUCUGUGGAUCUAUUGGGGCGGUAAGCAGAUGGAAGUGGGUCUAGGGUGACAGGUAAGGUAGAGGUGAUAUGAUCCUUGGCUAGUCUCUCAAAGCACUUCAUGAUGACAGAGGUGAGUGCUAUAGGGCGAUAGUCAUUUAGUUCAGUUACCUUUGCUUUCUUGGGUACAGGAACAAUGGUGGCCAUCUUGAAGCAUGUGGGAACAGCAGACUGGGAAAGGGAGAGAUUGAAUAUGUCUAUAAACACACCAGCCAGCUGGUCUGCGCAUGCUCUGAGGACUCGGCUAGGAAUGAUGUAAAAUAAGGGCUGUGUUCCGUGUAAGCUUACCCUGGCGUGACGUUUUGAUAACCGUGUAAAUCUCUAGGACAAGGUGACUUAUCAAUAUAUUCACCUGUAUUUACCCCCCAAAAAUGAAAUGCUAAUUAGCUGCUAAUGUGACUAUCAUAAAGAACUACAAAUGCCAUGAUGAUCUGUACGAGACUGAAGAAUUGAGGCAAAGGUAAGAAUCUCUGGAUUAACUAUCUGUUAGCCAAAUGUAGUACAUUUCUUUAAAUGGACAUUUCUGUUAACUGUCUUGGGGAAGUUUUAAAUUGACACUACCUGUUAGCAAAGCUGUCAGCUAGAGAUGAUGUGCUGGAGCUUACAGGGAUUUGUAGUCUUUCAUGAUGUCUACUUUGAUGCUAAUUAGCAUUUUCAAAUCUCAGAGUAAAUAAAGCCAAAAUAUUCAUAAGUCACUUUUUCUGAGAAAGUUACAUGGUUAUUAAAACGUCACGCCAGGGUAAGCCUACACGAAACACAGGCCUUAUUUUAAGUGUUUCUAAAAUCCCCUAUGGGAAAAAUGAAUGGUGGAAAAAAGGAUUGGAACCAUUUCUCUGUUUGACCGCUAGGUUUUAUGGGUAUUAUGACACCUCCACUGUGGGGCUCUGUUGACUAGCUAGGGAAAAUUCCACUGUAAGAUUUUUCACUUUAAAAUGUUUGUCAAACAAAAACCAAAGAUUGCAAAGUUAAACAAGGAAACAGUAAAUGAAUGUGCAGCAUGUUGGCCCCCAAGAGAUAAGCUUGUUCAAAGUUUGGAAUUUCAGUUGAUUACUAUAGCGCCCCCCUUGGGCCUAAUCAGUGUAAUUUUGUAAAUGCUGGAUCACUAUGGCAAGACGCAUCAUUCACCCUAGUUUUGUAAAAAUCGGGCCAGUGAUGUCUGAGAUAUUGCGUGUGACUAACAUACGAACGGACGGAGACAGAUCCGUAGUCCCCCCUCCAAUUUCAUCGUGGGGACAAUAACUAUGUUUUAGCACUCCACGGUGAAAAUAGAAAUAAGAAAUAAAUAAACGAAAGAAAAAGGACAGAGCCCUGCACACGACCUCUACAAUCAGUCUUGCAAGAGAGAGGAGAGCUUGGUGACAGCUUGGUAAGUAAGUUCUGUGUCAUAUGACUGCUGGUUGUAUCACUAACCAUGAUAUUAAAAAUGUAGUCCCCCACGAAUGAUGUAGCGCCCCCCUUGGGCCAAUCAGUGUAAUUUUGUAAAUUACAUCUCUAGGGCAAGAUGCAUUAUUCACCCAGGUUUCGUCAAAAUCGGGCUAGUGGUGUCUGAGAUCGCGUGUGACUAACGUACAGUGCCUUAUUCCACAUUUUGUUGUGUUACAGCCCGAAUUCAAAAUGGAUUAAAUAGAUAUUUAUUUUCUCAACAAAAAUACCUAAUCUACAUAAGUAUUCACACCCCUGAGUCAAUACAUGUUAGAAUCACCUUUGGCAGCAAUUACCGCUGUGAGUCUUUCUGGGUAAGUCUCUAAGAGCUUUGCACACCUGGAUUGUACAAUAUUUGCACAUUAUUCUUUUAAAAAUUAUUCGAGCUCUGUCAAGUUGGUUGUUGAUCAUUGCUAAUCAGCCAUUUUCUAGACUUGACAUAGAUUUUGAAGCCGAUUUUAAGUCAAAACUGUAACUAGGCCACUCGGGAACAUUCAAUGUCGUCUUGGUAAGCAACUCCAGUGUAGAUUUGGCAUUGUGUUUUAGGUUAUUGUCCUGCUGAAAGUUGAAUUUGUCUCCCAGUGUCUGUUGGAAAGCAGACUGAACCAGGUUUUCCUCUAGGAUUUUGCUUGUGCUUAGCUCUAUUCUGUUUCGUUUUAUCCUAAAAAAAACUCCCUACUCCUUGCCGAUGACAAGCAUACCCAUAACAUGAUGCAGCCACCAGUAUGCUUGAAAUUAUGAAGAGUAGUACUCAGUGAUGUGUUGUUGGAUUUGCCCCAAACACAACUCUUUGUAUUCAGGACAUAAAGUUAAUUUCUUUGCCACAUUUUUUGCAGUUUUACUUUAAUGCAAACAGGAUGCAUGUUUUGGAAUAUUUUUUAUUCUGUUCAGGCCUUUUCACUCUAUCAUUUAGGUUGGUAUUGUGGAGUAACUACACUGAGUAUGGUUACAUGCACAUAAUAAUGUGAUUAUUGUGGAUAGUCAGAUUUUUGCAAGAAGAACGAUUUCCCUAAUAAUCCUGUUUUUUAUAUGGACACAUCUGAAAUCCGGCUACCUGAUGGCACUCUAAAAAAAUGCAGAAAAUUGCUCCUCAUAAUAAACGUUCUACCACAGCGACCAUGCUGUUUUUGGGGAGCAUAUUUGAUUCUGAGUUAGGACAUAUAACAUUUGUAUGUGAAAAUUACUUCUAAGACGGAUAUAUUCAGUUGUUCCGAACUCACUUCACUCGCGCUAAAGAGGGAGGUUUGCGCUACCGGUGCUGGCACAUUUGCAGAUCAAAUACACAGCUGGAAUGCCGAUUUUAAGUUGUUUACAUGUCCUAAUAAUUUGAAAGAUUGCUCAGAAAACCAGGUGUUUAAAUCGGCAUAUGCUUACUUCGAUUUUGACCUUACUCCGAUUUUAAGAUAAGCAGAGUAAGGAGUUUACAUGACUAUAUAUAGAAUUAUUCCUGCGCAUGUAAACGUACUCAAUGUUGUUGAUCCAUCCUCAGUUUUCUCCUAUCACAGCCAUUAAACUCUGUAACUGUUUUAAAGUCACCAUUGGCCUCAUGGUGAAACCCCUGAGGGGUUUCCUUCCUCUCCGGCAACUGAGUUAGGAAGGAUGCCUGUAUCUUUGAAGUGACUGGGUGUAUUGAUGCACCAUCCAAAGUGUAAUUAAUAACUUCACCAUGCACAAAGGGAAAUUCAAUGUCUGCUUUUUUUUUAACCUAUCUACCAGUAGGUGUCCUUCUUUGCGAGGCAUUGGAAAACCUCCCUGGUCUUUGUGGUUGAAUAUGUGUUUGAAAUUCACUGCUCCACUGUGGGACCUUACAGAUAAUUACAUGUGUGGGGUAUAGAGAUGGUAGUCAUUCAAAAAUAAUGUUGAACACUUAUUGCACACAGUGAGUCCAUGCAACUUAUCGUGACUUGUUAAGCACAUUUUAGGGGUUGAAUACUUAUUGACUCAAGACAUUUAAGUUUUUCAUUUUUAAUUAAUUUCUAAACAUUUCUAAAAACAUAAUUCCACUUUGACAUUAUGGGGUAUUAUGUAGGCCAGUGACACAAUCUCAAUUUUAAUUGAUUUUAUAUUCAGGCUGUAACACAACAAAAUGUGGAAAAGUCAAGGAGUGUGAAUACUUUCUGAAGGCACCCUUAGGUCAAUCAAUGAAAUUUGGUAAAUACCGGCUCUUUAUGGCAAGACACAUCAUUCACCCAAGUUUAGUCAAAAUCAGGACAGUGGUGUCUGAUAUCGAGUGGGUUAAAUAUACUCAUCCCUGAGCUUGUGUACCACAUUUCAGCACUCUGAGUCAAACAGAUCAAGAGAUAUAAACAUGUGCCUGUUAUAGUCACUUGUCAUCUCCCCGCUGGAUUACUGCAACUCGCUGUUGGCUGGGCUCCCUGCCUGUGCCAUUAAACCCCUUCAACUUAUCCAGAACGCUGCAGCCCGUCUGGUGUUCAACCUUCCCAAGUUCUCUCAUGUCACCCCACUCCUCCGCACACUCCACUGGCUUCCAGUUGAGGCUUGCAUCUAUUACAAGACCAUGGUGCUUGCCUACAGAACUGUGAGGGGAACGGCACCUCCUUACCUUCAGGCUCUGAUCAGACCCUACACCCAAACAAGGGCACUACGUUCAUCCACCUCUGGCCUGCUAGCUCCCCUACCUCUACGGAAGCACAGUUCCCGCUCAGCCCAGUCAAAGCUAUUCGCUGCUCUGGCACCCCAAUGGUGGAACAAGCUCCCCCACGACGCCAGGACAGCGGAGUCACUGAUCACCUUCCGGAGACACUUGAAACCCUACCUCUUUAAGGAAUACCUGGAAUAGUAUAAAGUAAUCCUUCUUUCCCCACCCCCCAAUAAAAAAUAAAUAAAGGUGGUUGUCCCACUGGCUAUCAUAAGUUGAAUGCACCAAUUUGUAAGUCGCUCUGGAUAAGAGCAUCUGCUAAAUGAUGUAAAUGUAAUAGUGCCACCGGGUGGUUGAUAUGAAUGUCCUUGCAUAUGUUGAGUCUUGACAGUGUUUGCGACGUGUACCAAAUUUCCUUAACUGAUUUAUAUGCAUUAAUGUGCCAGACCACACCCAUGUGAAUGUUUAUUGGUCAAUAGAAGACAUGUUGUUUUAGGUACUAGUCUAGAAAAAAUUGCAUUGAGAUCUUUGUACCUAGAUACAACAUAUCAACUUUCGUGCAGAUUGGUCAUUCAAAAUGGUGGAAAAUCUGUCAUGGCGAGGUCCCGGAGGCAAAUUUGUUCAUUGUGAGAGGGACCUAUGUACUGAAUUUCAUGACUUAGGUCAAUCAGGGUGAUGGGGGUGACCUUUCAAAGUUUGCAUUUUCAAACUUGUUAGAGCGCCACCAUUUGGGCAAUCAGUGUAAUUUUGUAAUUGCUGGAUCUCUAUGGCAAGAUGCAUCAUUCAGCCAAGUUUCGUCAAAAUCAUGCCAGUGCUAUGAGAUUGCGUGUGACUAACGUACGGCUGGACGGAGACAGAUGCACUGUUCCAUCCCCGAUUUCGUUGUGGGGGACAACAAACCAUACAACUCUUUGCACAAGGACUACUUUUAUCAUUUUCCACAAAAAAUGUUACAAAAACGCAUUUACUUGAACAGUACAGAUGCAAAGUUUGGUGACAGAAUGAUUGCAUAAACAGCACAAACCGUCAUUCUGUUACCAAACUUUGCAUCUGCACUGUUCUUGUCCACUGAUUUCACAGUCCACACCUCUGUGGUUGUUUAUUGGAUCAUGUAGCCACACUUGAAUACAUAAAUUAGUUCUUGUGUUUCAGGGUGUCGGUGAUGUCAGUGGACAGUGCGAUCACUUGAGGAUAAAGUUAGCGUUUCCCUUUUUCCUCCUGUCCUGGCGUCCACGGUUGCCCCGGCCCUGGCAGCCAUGGCCGACUCUACAGUGGUCAGCAACCAGCAGCGGUCCGGGUCCGGUGAGACUGCUCCUUCCAGAGGACCGUACAUCGCGGUGAUCACAAACAGAAACACCAACCUGGUGAUCCGCGGGUUCAUGCUGUUCUCUAUAGGAGUGUUCCUGGCUCUGGUGCUCAAUCUGCUGCAGGUGGACGAUGUUUGUCUUUUGACUUUUAAUGAUACAUCACUUGAGCAGGAAAACAUUGAAGGUGACGGAGAGUACUAAAGUAGCUCAUCUUUGUUUUCUCUCGCUGCAGGUACAGAGGAACGUCACUCUGUUCCCCCCUGAUGUCAUCAGUAGCAUCUUCUCAUCAGCCUGGUGGGUGCCGCCCUGCUGUGGGACCGCCUCGGGUAGGACGAACACACAAACACACACAGGUUUUUACCCGCCAGCCUUGACUACUAUAAUUAUUAAAUCGUUGUCCCCUGGGUCUGCAGCACAGAGAGUAGAUGUAGCUGCUGUUCCCUAGUGGACCAGUAGAAAGGCACAACAGCCCAGGCCUGUUUCCCCCUGAGACUGAGACUCCCGUGCUCUACUGCUCAGCCUUGGGGAGAUUGAGGUUUCCACUGUUACUGCACACUGGGCUGUUUGCAUCAUGCAGUAGCUAUUGGGUUUUAUUGACUAGUCAAGACCAGAGCAGCACUUCAUGUUUACUGUACAUAGUUACUUUAACUUGUCUGUACAGUUCUUGUGUAGUAUUGAAACUAUAACUUUCAAAGGGGGCCAACCUCAACAAGUGUUUAUUUAAUUUUUUAUCAUCAGAAUAGCAUUGAUGCAAUGUGGUGGGCUGGCAUGGCAGCCUUUCUCUUCACAACAAUACUAACAGGAAUGUAUGGCAUGGACUGUGCUGCUGCAGCAGCAGUAAAGCUGAUAGUUGAUCUCUGAUCCUCUCUCCCUAUUUCUGCACCCUCUCACCCUGCAAUCCCCUACCUCUCUCUCCAUUUACCGCUCUCUCCAUCUACCUCUAUCUCCCAGCAAUGAUCGGUCUGUUGUAUCCGUGCAUUGACAGUCGGCUCGGCGAGCCCCACAAGUUCAAGCGGGAGUGGUCCAGUGUGAUGCGCUGUGUGGCGGUGUUCGUAGGCAUCAACCAUGCCAGCGCUGUAUCCUCUAGGCCUGCCUGCCUGUCUGACACUCACUGUAUUUACGUGCAUACCAUAAUACAAGAUGUGCGUAAAAACCUGUUAACCAUGGGGCAAAAUCUUCCCAUUACAUUUCCACAUUCAAAUGAAACUUUGAGUGUAUUUAUUAUUGCAACAUACUUUACAAUAAAACAAUAAAAGGAAAGAAGUAAAAUCAAAUGAAGCAAUGAAAGGGAUGAAUAAAAGUGCAUAAAACACAAAGGGUGUGUAAAACAAUAAGAUUACCAAGCUAAAAAGGUGGGGUUUUAAACGUGAUGGUCUGUUUACAAGAAAGCACCUUACUCUGAGUAGAAACCAUGGUUCCUGUGUGGACUAUCCUACAACAUGCUCAACUGUCCUUAACCCAGGCCCCCUCAGAAAGUGGACUUUGCGAACAACGUACAGCUGUCCCUGACACUGGCGGCCCUGUCCAUCGGUCUGUGGUGGACGUUUGACCGGUCUCGCUCCGGUUUUGGCCUGGGGGUGGUCAUCGCCCUGCUGGCCACUCUGUCCACUCAGCUCCUGGUCUAUAACGGAGUCUUUCAGUGAGUACUACUACAAUACCUCACAAUACAAUUUACAGGACAUACAUAUAUUAUAAUGUUAAUGCUGUAAAAAAUGUGACGCCGUUAAUCCAUUUCUUUACCUCAGACUCUUUUUAAUCACAAGUGUUUCUGCACGGACCCUAUUCCGCACGGACACUGCACUCGGUGGCAGCUGAUCUUAUGUAUCGCUGUCUGUCUCUUAAACAUCCAGCUUCGAGAAAUAAUUUUGAAGGAAAACGUACAGAAAGUUCAACCAUAAACACAUUCCCAGGCGUUUCUUUACAUAACAGCAAAAACAUCAUUUGUACAGAAGUAGCUAGCUAACCAAAUUAAUUUUUAUAAUGCAAUGGCUGAAUGCCUUUUGAUAUAACUAGCUAACUUCCCACAAUGAUUUUAAUCAGACUAGGACAACCAUUCCAUUUAGCUACUGUUUUUGUUUUAGUUCACAGGUCUACAGAUUUAAGCAAAUGAUCCCAAGUCUAGUAGUAGCAGCUUGUGACUAGUUCAUGUUCAAGUAGGCUAGAUCUAAUAGCUGUAUUACAUGAACUCAAACCUGGCUGAGAUAUUGUCUUCUGUUGAAUUCAUAAAAUUGUUGGAUAAGUUUAAAUGGUCUUUGUAUCCAUAGAGCCAGUUAUUUGUUUCCCUGUAGUCAACCUCUCCAAUCAGAAAUUGGGAGAACAGUCAUUUAGAAUGCCUGAAGCUUUAAGUGUGUGUGUGCGUGCAAGUGUUAAACUUCAAGAACAUUGAUAAGAGUGAGUAGACCUACUUAAACAUUGGGAGCAUUUUGUUUCCUCCCUUACAAUCAAAGCAUGGUAUGCCUGUAACUCAAUGCACUGCUUUUUAAAUGGAAAAAUCUUUCUUUAGGGCCAGAAUUGCAAUUCAUUAUUUUGUUUUUCAAGAUACAGGAGAUAUUUCUGUUGAUUUUCAUGCUCAUUUUGGGAUUAUCCUAUGUUUUUAAUACCCGUUUUUGUUUCAGGUAUACCUCUCCAGAUUUCCUGUACAUUCGCUCCUGGUUGCCUUGCAUCUUCUUCGCUGGUGUGAUAACCAUGGGGAACAUAGGACGGCAGCUAGCCCUGGUGAGGAUAUUUUUUUUAAUGCUGAAUUAAGAAGUUUGUCAUAGGUUUAUAAAUGUCCUAUAUACAUGUAUACAUUCAUUCACACCAGAGCUUUUUACUCUGAAUAUUCAACUGGCACAUUACAUUAUCUCUGUUCUUGUUUCCAGUAUGAAUGCAAACGAAUGUCAGGAAAGACUCAUCAAGACUGAAAGAACUUCUGGCUAUAUCAAACUUUUGCUCAAAAUAUAACUUUUUUAGCAACAAAAAAGCCAAAAGGAGGAUGUUAAAGGACGUCUGUAUGCAGCGUUGAUGGGGAUUGGUCAACCUUGGCCGAGAUGGGGCAGUCAUGCACAGGCAACCAAUUAUGUGCUUCUGUUUUGCUGAGGAGUGCUGUGCUGUAGGACAAGACUGUGUUUUGAUUGGUUGGUUCCUAUGUGCCUAUUCAGGGCCUAGGUGGACGGACAACAGCUAGCUUUAUUAUAAGCAUUCGAUGGCUGGCCUAAUGAGAGGAAUAACAAGAAUUGCUGAUGUCAUGUGUGGUAGGUAGGCCCAAUCUACAACGCAAUCUGUGAUUGCAACUCAACAGGCACCAAUAUUAGUGUUGCUCUGCUGUUGUUCAGGGCACCUCAGCACAAGUGGUGUGACACCUUUGGCUCCAUCGUGCCAAACAGACUUACACACAGGAUUAUCUGAAUUAUUUUCUUUAUUCAUCCAUUCUUUAUAUCCUUGAUAUAUUAGUAGAACCUAUAUAGCCCAUAUAAUAUGUAUAGAUACAUUUAUUCCUUGAUUUUAAAAUGUACAAUUAUAUACACACUUAUAGUACUUUUGUUGGGGGGAGUUACAUGUCGAUAAUGUCUAUUUGCUGGCAGUCAUGAGAAGGGGUGAAGUGUUUAUUGUUGCACUUAUUUAUGACAUCCUAGAGUUAUAUCAAAGCAACCAGCAUACUGGGUCCAGUUGGUAUUUCAACCAGCCUUACCUGCCCCUGCAUUCAAUGUUUAAUUUCAAUUAAAAUAGCUAUUUUGUUAAAAGAAAAAUGCUCAUAAAAGUUUAUGGGCAAAUUUCACUUGUGUUCACUUCCUGAAUUGAAAAUUGAAUUGACCCAAACCCUGAUGAAAUCCAAUCAGAGACCAUGCUUCCCAUUUCAUUGUCCAACCAGCAGGUGCACACACGUGUCCACAUCAUCAGUGGGUUCUUGGGUCAGAGGUAGUGCUGAUAAGCGAUAAGUGCUUUUUGAGUUCGGUUCGAUUUAUUUAAAAGAGUCUCACGUUUUCGGUUUUCAUUAUUAUUUUUAAACAAUAAAUGCAUUGUGGGUUGAAUUGUGUAACAACACAGAAUAAAACAAU